AUGGGUACUGACCAUGAUGACGUGAAACUGAGUACUAUGGAGAUGGAGGAAAGUGGAGGAAGCGACUCGUCAUCGGAGAAAUCGAGCUCGCGCGGGAUCUACUGCCGCAGGAGUCAGAUCGCAGCCUUCGUGGUCCUAGCGCUCUUGCUGAUGGCAGCGGUGGGCCUGCUAGCGGGGCUCCUGCCGCAGUGUGAGGUACCAUCGAAGGAACCUAUCAAUGCCACCCCGGAUAAACCCGAGCCUACGAUGAUGAAAACCACGAAAAUGCCGCAGGUGACUACCAAGAAGCCGCAAGUGACCACCGCCCAACAACCCCCAACCAAAGCGAUGACCACUGAGCAACCAACCACGCCUGUCCCGUGUAAUGAUCCCUGGUGCCCUUUACGUCUCCCCUCUGCCGUCUAUCCAGAACACUACAAGUUGCUGCUCUACCCGAAUCUAGACACCGCUAACUUCACCGGCACAGUGGACAUCGACAUCGUGGUGAAUGAGACCAUCAGGUUUCCACGGCUCCACAUCAAGGAAAUGAUCAUCCUUUCGUCUGAGAUCAGACCGGCCGUAGAUUCAGGCUCCACGCCGGCACCACCUCUGGCGGUUACUGAGUCCUUUGAGUAUGCCAAGAAUCAGUUUUACGUGAUGGAGAUGGCGCAAGAUCUGCAGCCAGGCAACUAUGUUUGGAGCCUGGAGUUUCAGGGAUAUCUGCAACCAAACCGUGUCGGCUUCUACCUGAGCACGUACACAAAUGACAAAGGCGAAAAAAGGUAAGGAUAUACCGGGUUUACAU